AUGGAGAAGCUGUGCCAAGACCCUGGGGCAAUGCAUGCGACCAAGCCCAACGAGCUGAUCCAUUUCGGCUGGCUGUGCCUUCCAGAGGCCCAGGAUGACUGCAUGCAAGUGCGACGGCGACAGCUGCAGAGACAGCCGCUGCUCUGA